CGAAAGUCAAAUCCUUAUUUUACUGGGCCUGUUUUAUUCUUAAUGAUGUUUUAUGUUGAUAGGGUUGUCUUCCGAAUGAGAGUAGUGCCUAGAACUUUUCCAACUAUGCUAGGUUGGACUUCGCAGAAGCUUAAGGAAAGAGAAGGAUUGGAGCGGGAAUCAGGUGGUUUUGGCUGUGGAAGCGUGGACCCACAAAUCAAUAAAGAGUUGUUUUCAAAUGAAAACCCGUCUCUUGAAGAUCCUCCUGGGAAAACAUCACAAUCACAGAACGACGUUUUAGAGGAGGCACGGACUGUUGCAAAAGAGUUGGUGCAAAAAAUAUCAAAGUGGGACACCGUCUGUAGAGGUUUGAAUAGUGAGUUCCCAAAUUCAAAUGUCGUCAAGAGAAUGCAACAAACUGCUGCUGAAGUGAUUGUUGCUGUUGGUAAAAGUCCAAGAAUAUCAGGUACUCCGAUUUCAGAAACGAAUCCGAAACUGCAAUUCGAAGUAGUCCACGAGAGCCCUUCUUUCUUGGCUGAAAUAUCUCGACUUGAAAUGGAAUUUUUCACGGUGAAGCGCAACCUUGAGACCAACAGCCAAGACUUGUCCAUGCCAUCAUUUAGCUUAGGGCUUACACCAGAGGAAAAGGAAAAUCAAAAUGAGGAGAUUCAACAUGAAGAGGUUCAGCAUGAGGAGAUUCAAACAAAGAAUGGAGAUGGCACAGCCCAACAUGCAAUUUCACUGCAUUGGCAGAUGAUCCCUGCUCGAAGUCCUGUAUUCCUUAAAAGACGACAUCAACCCGAAAGGAAGAAAGAAUUUGCACACGCCUUCUGUUCUCCUUUUUGGAUAAGAAACAUGGAAGCACUCUCACGGUUGAGUCGUGCCGAGAAGGUUCUCAUGGACUACGUAUUCAACAAAUCUCUUUUACUUGGGGAAGUUUUGUACAAAGACAUGUUUUGUGAAAUGAAGCGAAGCGAUUUAAUAUCCUUUUUCGAAGGGUCUGUCUCAUCACUCAUUUUACAGAUUUGGUUUCGAUUCUUGAAUGCCGAGGAAAAGCAUCAAAGCAAGUCAGAUGUCUAUCGAGUUUUCCUUAGCACGAAUCCUUUUGCUGAGUUUGUAAAGAUCAGUUUAUAUGACGAUGCUCAUGAAACCUUUUGUGAAGUCGCUGACAGAGAUUUGGUAGAACAACAGUUUUAUGGCGGCAUUGAUAUGUGUACUGCAGAUUUGGUAUUCUUCUUGGUUGCUGAUGAAACAGACAAGGAUGAUGUUUAUAUAGUCUGUUUUAACAUGAAAAAGGAGAAGAUAACCAUCAUUGAUUCAAUUGAAGAUAAAACUAAGGUGUAUGAUACAUGUGUUGAAUGUUUGAAAAAUGGAAUGUGCGAGUUUUUCAAUGAAAAACAACUUGAGCAAAAAGCAAGUAAAAUUUCCAAAUUUCCUUUUGAAAUAACAAAAAAGGCAUGUUAUAGGAACAUGGAAGGUAUGGGUGUUGGUGCUAUAGCCAUGAGGCAAUUGGAAACUUUCAAGGGGAAUUUGAAUACGUGGAAGAUGGAUUUGAACAAAAAUGAUGUAAAUGGAUUAUGAAUGCUCUGUGUCCGAUAUUGCUACGAAAUGCUCACCUCUGAUCAUAAUCAACUUGUCGUACAAGUGAAACGGAAAGUGGCAGAAUAUGGCAAGUUUAUCAACUAGGAUAUGUGUCACACUUGGACACAUACAGUGACAGUUUGAUUUUUGGCCUAAUGUCUGAUUUGAUUAAGUUUUAGCAAUCUGAUUUUGGGUUAUUAUGGUGUUGAGAAAACAGGAUAUGAUUUGUGUGGAUAUAGGACCAGGUUAACAUUUUU